CACAAACGCGGAAAGCCUGGGUUCCUCGCACAAGGCGCGCAAAUUUGAUAGGAAGCGUGUGGCCGCCAUUAUGAAGUUUCGCGGAUUGCGCGGGUGAAGUCUCCGAGGAAAAACUUUCUCCGAGGUGUUUUCGCGAGUGUUUUUUGAAAGAACUUGAAACUCGGUGUGUCUACUUGAAGAUGGAGACGCUCAGGUAGCCCAUUCACUUCUCCGUGAUGAGGAAGUCCACGUUCGUGGAAAGGGUGAAGCUGGAACCGCGCAGCUCGGACGACGACGACGAAGACGACGACGACGACACCUCGAGCAGCAGCAGCAGCUGCUCGGCAUCGGCGAGCAACGACGACUCGGGUUGGCGCGGAGCCCGGGGUGCCCGACUGCCCCACGCGGGUGCCCCGACCACGGCGGCGACGUCCUCCGCGACGCGUGGGUCGGCGAGCGGUGGUCCCCGGAAGGCGCUGAACAGGGGCCGCUGGGGCAAGGACGAGGACGACCGGCUCAAGAGGAGCGUCCAGCUGCACGGCACCCAGGACUGGGCGACGGUGGCGCUCUGCUUUCCCGACCGCAGCGACGUCCAGUGCCAGCAGCGCUGGCACAAGGUGGUCAACCCGGACCUCGUCAAGGGCUCCUGGUCCAAGGAGGAGGACGAGAAGGUGGUUCAGCUCGUCCAGAAGUACGGGCCCAAGAAGUGGACGCUGAUAGCCAAGCAUCUCAAGGGUCGAAUCGGGAAGCAGUGUCGGGAACGGUGGCACAACCACUUGAACCCGGCCAUCAAGAAAAGCGCCUGGACGGAGCAUGAAGAACGGGUCAUCUUUGAUUACCACCGUCUUUGGGGGAACCAGUGGGCCAAGAUCGCCAAGCUGCUUCCUGGCAGGACUGACAAUGCCAUUAAAAACCACUGGAACUCCACACUCAAAAAGCGGCUCGAGUCGGAAGAUGGCAACUUCAAUGAGUAUGUGCGGAAGAAGGCGGCGUCGAAGGAAGCCGCCCCUGCUGCCGCCUCCUCCUCUUCCCGAGGGGCGUCGGAACACCGCGGAAAGCCCCAGCCGCCUCCGAUCAAGUCGGAGCCAAAGACGCCCAUCAAGCAGGAGUUUGUCAUGGAGUUCCACGAAGCCCCAGAGUAUCCCCCGUACGUGGCCAUUGUGCCGGAGUCUGUCGUCACGGUGACCACGGAGGAGGAGGCACCGCAGAUGCAGCUGCUGUGGCAGCAAGAGGAGUUUCGGGUGGCGCUGGCACCCGUGUCGUCUGCCGACGCGGCGCCCAGAGCGGACUGCAUGCCCGGCGCGGAGAACCGGCGACGAUCUGGCAACGGGGCGGAGUACAUAGACAUCAACGACAUCCUGUCGCCCCUCAACGACAUCAACGUGGAGGAGCUCGAAUCUGCGACGACGCAGAGCCCAGAUGGGCUCUCUGCGAGCAAUGGGUCCUUCGGGCGCCUGACCGUGCUUGAACUCACGGACGGAACGCGUGUUGUGCCUCACGUCACCCCCAUCAAGUUCACCGCCCUUUGUAAGAAAGAAAUGACCGGAUCUGGGGACAACGAGGAUCUAGGAAAAGAGAGUGGCAUCGCGUCGGUCGCCGAAACCCCGGUGGUUUCCUCCACCUCCCAGUGCAGCAACGGCUCUCGUCUCGAGACCCCUCUCAUCCUGCGGCGGGGCAAGCGCAGACGUCGGCACUCGUCGCAGUCUCACGACGGGGGCUACUCUCACUCGGAGGCAGACAGCACCACCUACGAGGAAGGCGCCCUCCACGAACCGGUGGAGAUCGUCUCGUUGGAGCUCCUGCAGUACUCUACGUUGCUCCCCGGCAGGGGCGCGUCGUCGGCCAACCCCGCUGCCCACCCGGUCAAGCGGGAGCACGACGAGUACGUCGUCGGGGUGAUGGACUCGUUCCCGAGGCAUCUCCGGGACGAGCACGACCUCUUCAUCGGCGCCAGGGGCGCUCCGCACAACUGCGGCAGUGCGACGCCGAGGAAGUCGCUUCCCUUUUCGCCCUCGCAGUUUCUCAACAACCCGAACAUCGAGCAGUGCACUCACGGGAAUCGAACGUCGACACCGGUGCGCGGAAUCGACCACGCCUCACAGCCACCGGUGCUGCACAACUUCGUGCUCCAGGACUCCGCUGACGAGAGCGACGCGAUGCGCACGCCAACGCCGAAGAGGAGAGGGGAAGAGUACAGCCCGCGGACACCCACGCCUUUCAAGGACGCCCUGGCAGAACUGGAGAAGAAGGGCGGUCCCAUCCGAAAGGCGGAGACUCCGACCUUGGACGACAUCCGAGACCUCCUGGGCAACGUGGACGGAGUGGUGCUCUCCGCAGAGGCGGACUACCCGGUGAAGAAGCGCGCCAACAAGGAGAACCUGUCGCCGUCCAAGCGGGUCCGCAAGGCGCUCCACCAGACGUGGUCCACUCCGGGAGAGAUUCCGGUGCCGGGGCUGACUGCCACUGGAUUUGCGGCGCUCGACGCAGACCCCUUCAUGCUACCAGAAACUCCGAGCAAGAGCUUGCUGGGAGACUCGUCCGUCCUCUUCUCCCCGCCCUCCAUUAUUCGAGAGACGCUGCCGGAAGAGGUAACCGCUUCGCCCAACGACGCCUUCAUUGCCGUCGUCCCUUCCAGGCACAAGCCAAGGGGGCACCACCAGCACCUCUUUUCUUCCCGCAUGGUCUCUCUGCACAGCCUCUCUGAGGCGACGCCCCACAGAUGGCACCCUAAGCUGGACAAGUUCAGUGCCCUGGUGUGUGGGAAGACGAGGGACCAGGUGGAACUGACACAGCAGGCACGGCAAUGGCUCAAGCCCCGCUCGCUCAACCUCUGACCGCUCGCAGACGGAGGCGGAGCUGGGGCCCACGCACCAUCUCUUUUACCACCACCACAGACAUCCGCAGCAUUACGCACAGCAGCAGUCAAGCAGCAUCAGCCAUUACUUCUAGAGCUCGUCCCCGCAUCCCCAUUUGUCCCGUUCGCAGCCGCACUUUUUCCCUGCGUCCUUUUACUCCUUUUAGGGCUUUUUUUUUUGUCUUUCCUAGUCCCCGCGUGUAUUCCUUUUUAAUCUUCACCUCCAUUCUUUUCACGUGCACCGUGGCGUAGAGCCACCUCGGGGAGGUCGGAGAAAGGGCGUCGCAUUUACGCAAUUUUGGUCCUCGUCGCGUCGUCGAGACUUGCGAUCGCUCGACGUCUGCCGAGUUUUUAGAAACACAUCUGACCGAACUUUUUGUCGAUGAACUGCUUUUACAACGGCACUUUCGUUCUUUUUUUUUUUUUAGUCCUUUUUUGCGUGUUUUUCUUUUCUAGACUUGACGAUGCAGGAGCAUUUAUUUUCGUACCGUAGACUCUGGUGUUUUUAAUGUCUUUUUUGUGUCCGCCUUUCGCCUGCCAAGCGGCUGGGCUUUUGUACGACUAGCAUUUAGAACUCGCUCGGCGCGUGAGGAAACGGUCUAGUUUUGGAAGAACCUUCACCGUGAUGUGCGGGGCGCAAGCUGAGCUUGGUGCGAGGGUGUGGCAUUUCCAGGUUGGGUUUGUGGAGAGGUAUACCUGUUGUAUGACCAAAUAUAUCAGCUCAGGAUCUGAUACGAAAGUAUUGUGAACAACGGCGGUGCCGCAGUGAAAGUGCUUGUACUGCAGAGUUGUUUUAAUAUUUUUUUUACUAAUAUAAAAUAGCUUUUAUAUUUUAAUUUAUGUAAGCGCCGAGUAGCUUCUCUUUUACGGCAUCACGAACAAGCUUUGAAGUCUACGCACAUGUACCUUUCUUUUAAGAGUGAGAUAACUAUGUUGUGUUACAUACAAUCAAUACCAGUGGUGUACUUUUUUUUUUUUUUCGGUGUGUUUUGUAGAUAUGUGUUUCGUCCUGUCCGUGUAAACAACAUUCCUGGUGGAAACGGUUAUUGCGUACUCAAGGUCAUCAUUUCUGGAGGCAAACAACAAACAAAGCAGCUUCGUUCCUUUGUGUCUCUUUCUGCUGGGAUAUUCUUUAAGGGCUUCCUUUUUCUACAAAAAAAUGUGUGUGUGUGUGUGUACAUAAGAUAUGUUUGGGGAAUUUCGUAUCGAUACGGGGACAGAAAAAGACAAGGGACGGGUUCAAGUCAUCUAUUGGUUCUAUGUGUUGCUUUGUUUCGUUCUGUUUUGUUUUUCUCAAAUAAAGCCUGGCACAGUAUUGUUA